UAACGUUAACAAGUUGUCUUGUUGUUGUUGUUGUUGUGUGUGUGCGCGCGUGCGUGCGUGCACUGAUACGUAUGAGUUGAAGAUAGUGUCCAAGAAGAUGGCUGACAAUUUUGGCAAAAUCCCCAAAAAGCUUUAUACCUAUGCACUUGAGAAGAACAUAGGAUUUGAUUGGUGUAGUUAAUAUGGUGUGCAGUUAAAUCAAAUAUACAAUCGAGUUAAGUCGUAUUAAUGCCCAUGGUUUUGGAUUGGGAUAUCCAACAAGCUCAUAUAGGUGUGUUGGUCAGGUGUCCACAUACGUUUUUCCUAGAUACCUUUGGACAUAAACUGUAUCACUGCAUUUCAUAGGAAAAAUCUCACCAACAGUCAAGCAUGGUGGUGGCAGUGUAUUUUUCUGGGGACAUUCUCUUGCAUAAGGACUCUGAUGCCUUGCCAUCAGAACAAUCGUCCGAACAAUACAUUUUCCUAUGUAUCAAAGUAUUCUACAGGGGAAUAUCAAGCCAUCUGUCCCUAAGGUGAACCUGAUGCACAGCUCAGUCGUGUAGCAAGUCGACAUCAGAAUGGUUGAGAACGAAGAAAUGUAAAGUUUUGGAAUAGCUAAGUCAUGGUUCAGACCUAACCUCAUUGAGAGGUUGUGGCAGGACCUGAAAAAAGUGUUUCAUGCUUGAAAACCCCCACAUGUCACUGAGGUUUACUGCCCCCCCUCCCUCCCCAGAUGAUCUUAUUGUAAACAUCAACUGCCUUCUGCAACUGUUUCGGCGUUGUGAGCAGUGCAGGUGUGAGAAUGCGAUCCAGAUUAAUGGAGACAGGACAUGCCUCUCUGUGACCCAACACUGUCAUAGCUGCAACCACCUCAGGACAUGGACCAGUAACUCUUCUGCUGCCCGGACAACAGACAUUGAAUAUAGGGAGAAGCCACAGAACAGCUGGGUGGCUGAGGUGCAAGUAGCCCUGCCUUCUGAGGACCCAGAUGAGGCCCCGCCUUCUGAGGACCCAGAUGAGGCCCCGCCUUCUGAGGACCCAGAUGAGGCCCCGCCUCCUGAGGACCCAGAUGAGGCCCCGCCUUCUGAGGACCCAGAUGAGGCCCCGCCUUCUGAGGACCCAGAUGAGGCCCCGCCAUCUGACGUAAAAGUUGAGGCUGUGGAGCUGACAGGUUCUCUGCAGAUGGAGGUGACUGAAGACCAGCCACCAAGAUUAUGGGGAAGUGGCCCGUCUUUGAUAAGGUGGGGAGAGGCGGAGGGGAACAAUGGAGCAGAGGGGAGAAUGACAGUGACUGAGGUGGUGUUGGUCAGCGAGACAGACAGUGUACACAGCCAUGAGGACAAGUGCUUGUCCUUAGCAGAAAAAAAGGGAGGAGAGGAGAGCAUGGUAAAAUCUCUAGGAUCUAAACAACUGAAGAAAAGUACUGAUCAGCACCCCGCUAUUGAAUUGACAAUAUACUCUACAGAGCCUGAGGACUCUGAAAGCCAAACAUCUCAGAUAGACAGACAAGGAGAGAAGAAUCUGAUGGACCGACAAGGAGAGAAGAAUCUGAUGGACAGACAAGGAGAGAAGAAUCUGAUGGACCGACAAGGAGAGAAGAAGCUGGUGGCAGUUGAUGGGUUCGAGGGGGAGGGCGGUGUCUGUGAGUUGGAGGGUGAGGAAAAACUGGUGAUGGAGGAGGAAGAUGGAGAGAGUGAAUCCGACUUCAACCAUAAACAGGAGCAAGCAGCUCUCAGAGGGAGUGCCUCUGACUUCCACCUAGAAGAGGAAGUGACAGGAAGUGACUCUGAAUUUGACCCAGAGGAAGAAAUAGCAGCAAGGGGAAGAGGCAGAGAUAGGUGGGGAGGGGGAGGCAGGGGGAGAGUGGGAGGUAACGAGGGAGGUAGAGGAAAGCCCCUUCUGAAGCGUACAGUAGAGACUGGCAUGAAUGUGUCUGCUGAACACUCUGCAAAAUCCAAACACCCCAAAGAUGAUAUAGUCCUCUGUCCUGAAUGUGGCGUCCUGUACUCCACCAAGCUGCAGGAGUACCGUAAGUGUGAACACAAGUUUACUGCCCGCUGUCAAGACUGUGGGAAGCACUUUGUGAACUUACAGGGCCUCAAGAUACACCGGAGGAGACUUCACCGCCAGGACUGCGAGUUUCCCUGCAAAUUUUGCCUCCAGCCCUUCAGGACACGACCGGACAAGCUGACCCACGAGAGGAGCCACAUCUUUACUGAGAACGUGCCACCCUACUGCUGCGUCGAGUGCCCGCUGAGGUUUGACCAGAUCCUCAUACGUAACCGCCAUCUCAGAGAGCACAAGUCCAGACGGCACAUCUGUCACACGUGUUACAAGGAGUUUGACAAAGCUCACCUCCUGGAGAGGCACGAGUUGAGCCAUAGUGAUGACAAGCCCUACAAGUGCCAGGUGUGCCAACGUGCCUUUGCCCAAGCCAGCCAGCUGAAGUCCCACCUGCGUGUUCAUACGGGGGAGCGACCCUUCCAAUGCCAGCGCUGUGACAAGAGCUUCAACCACAACGUCAGCCUCAAGAACCACGUCAGACGCUACCACAGCCCAGACUCAGGGCCGGACCCUGAUGGGGGCGCAGGAGGUGGGGGACAGGGGGAGGGAGAGGGUGUGGGAAAGAAGAUGCCUCGGCAGCAGGUACAGCUCACUCUCUGGACUGAGUGGGCUGGAGCAGAUGGAGCAAUCCGAAUGGAGGCACAAGAGAAGAAGAGGAGGUGCCAGUGUAAUAAUGACUUAGAACCAGAGGAGGACAAAAUUAAGAAGACAUGAGUGCUAAUGGAGUAAUGGGAGUAGAGGAAGAUGAAGAGGAAAAACAAAGGAAGAAGAUCGAGUCACUACAGUUAAGUAGCUCUGCUUUUUGCGAGCUUGGUGGACAGAGAGACUUCAUUCAUUGUUGCAAAAUGCAUAUCUUAUUGAACAAGUUCAGGCAGGGCCUUCUGGUUAUGGCCUGUUUCUUCUGUUUCCUUCUUGUGAAUAUGAGUAAGACAUGGAAACAUAUUCAUGUUCUGCUUUUGAACUGUUUCUGCUUCCCAGAACCAUAUUCAAAGUGCAGGAUAUACUUAAAACGACAUGUUUACAUGAUACCAAGUUCACAUGGUCUUGUAAAGUACUGGCCGUGUUCAACAGGAUCACAGUGACUGUAGGCCACUUGCAUAAAUAAUAUACAUUCUACUAAUUUGUAGAUCAGUCACAGAUUAUCCAUGAUAUAUUAUGGUUUUG